UUAUCGAGUGUACAUCGAAUGACGAAUGAGAAAUACUGUCAUCACUAGCAAUAAAUAAAAACAAAAGAGUUGAAAUACAAAGCGAUAUGAGGACGUCAUCACCAGUACUUAAAUACCUCUUGGAGAAGGAUGUACAGGUGUCGAAGCAUUUCGUGGUAGCCGUCUCCAACCUGUCGUUCUUCAAAUCUCUGCGAAUCCACAGCAGAUUUCUGGAGAUAUCCUGCGAUGGAAUCGCCUGGUUCGUCUCAUGGAUCGCCUUCAUCUGGUUGCUCAGCUCGAAGAGCUUGUAUCAAAUGCAAGUCAAUAUGCUCUUCGGUCUAAUACUGGAUGUAGUGAUCGUGGCCGUGCUGAAAGCGCUGGUUCGUCGCAGGCGACCGGUGGCCAGCAAGGAUAUGCUGACCAUUGGACCCGAUAAGUUCAGCUUUCCCUCAGGACACGCCUCCCGAGCGUUCUUCGUGCUUCUGUUCUUCGCCAAGCUGUACCCGCUCCACAUCGUAUUCCUAAUGCCGGUUACAGCUUGGGCUGUAAGCGUGGCCAUCUCACGGCUCAUCCUCCAGCGUCAUUAUGUUUUGGAUAUCUGCGCCGGUGCUGCCAUCGGAGUGCUGGAGGCACUAAUCGUGGGGCUUCUGUGGAUCAGCGAGGAAACUGCAUUUAGCAUUGUGGGCUUUGUUACCGAGGAAACUGUCGAUAGCAUGGAGUAACGCAAAUUUACGAUUGGAACACCGAAAGCAAUAGAUAAUCUCUAGAUCAUUACGAUGAAUGCUUUAACCAAAUACAUUGUUAAUGUUAAAUUCA